CCGCAACGCAACGUUAGGCAGCGGAACGGGAUAUAGCCAAUCGGAUAUAUGUGAAACUACGUAAAGGGCCAGAACACGGCGGCACGUGGGUGUGAAAAAAAAGAAAAGAAAAGCGGGCAACAAUCGCCAUUACAAUUACAACUACAAUAAGCAGCGACGUGCUGUGGGUGAUUUCAAUUAAAGCUACCUACCAUCAACGUCUUAAAAGUGGAGUGGAUUCGAGCGUUUAUUAUUGCCUUCAUCUAAAAAGAACCAGCUGACGCCCGGGGAAAAAGCAUGCCCAUCAAUUAUACGAUUUAAUCACCAUAAACGAAAGAUUGAAAUAACUAAAGGACAAAUAAAACUGCUUAGAGACCGCACCGCCGCCUGAGAGGAAGCCCGUGGAAUGUCCGCAAUCGGUCAACCAGUGAGUCCUGCGAGUCCUGUGUGAGUGCCGAGUGAGAUUGAAAGAUGGCGGCGGCCAGUUCAAUUAUCGAAUCCAUAGCCAUUUUGGCCCUGCUGCUCGGAUUUUUGAUUCGAAGUGGCUACUGCAUAGACUGCUUCAAGUGCGUUUCCUACAAUGGCGCCAACAAGGCCUGCGACGAUCCGUUCCACAACAACUACUCCACGGCCAUCCUCGAGUCGCCCUGCAUGGGCGGUAGGAAGGGGCGGGACGGCCUAUUUCCGGCCACUGCCUGCAUCAAGAUCGCCGGCUAUUAUGAUGAAACCGGGGAGACGAUAACGGUGAGGGGCUGCGCCCUGGACAGUGGCACCCUGACCACCGACACCGAGAUCAUAAGAAUGUCGCACUGCGGAAAAUUCUACUACGAUGACAAAUAUGUGCACGGCUGCCUGCAGAGCUGCAGCGAUGCGGAUGCCUGCAACUCGGCCAGGAGGCCCGGCCAGAAUCCCCUGGAUCUGGAGGCACUGAUGCGGCACCUGCUCAGCCUGGCGGUGCUCCUGGUGGCCACCGCCAGGUAACAGUACCAGUGAGUGGAGCUACGGGAGCUAUGAGGCAGCGAGAAGGCAUUUAAUUCGACUCGGCUGCUAGGGAAUGGGAAUCCUUAUCUUUUGGCGACUCUCCUCCUCUACGAAUCUCUCUCGCACCUAACAGUAAACGCACCCGACAGCCAGGACACGCUCAACACCCACACAAUCUUACGAACACACUCACACACCCAACAUUAUGGAAUUCAUCAAGCAAUUAUGUGAUUUAUAAAUGAAUACUUAACAACUAUCUAACAAUAAUUGAUGAACGCGAACGAAACUAUUUAGAUGCUAAGCAUUCGAGAGUAAAAAAUCAAAGGAAACGUGCAACCUAAAUUCAAAUUCUAAUUGCAAUUAUUUUUAGCUUCUAAGGAACAGAACCUAGACUUUAAAUGCUGUCGCCGCAAGAGUGUUUUUCGAAUUAUAUAUACCGAUGCGUUUUACCCCGACAGAAAUAAGUAUAUUUGUUGCCUCUCUAGACAAAAGUAUUGUACAUAUACAACAAUUUAAAUUUAAAUUUCUUUCACGAAUGCUGAAUUUUGGGCAAAUUAUAAAUUAUAAAUAGUUAUGUGUAAA